GCGUUCUCUUGGCUCCGUUGACGAGUUCUCCGUUAUGCUGACGUAUGCGUCGCGUCGGAGCUACGGUGAAGCCAAUAUACGAGCAUCGUAGGCGCUGUGGAGGCUGCACAGGCGUCAGGAGGUAGCAGGCGAAGAAGGGCAUUGACAGCUCCAGCAAUGCUAUAGAAUAGAUGGCUGUGAUUGGCCUAGGCACAAGAAAAAUUAGCGAAUCAAAACACUAUUGUUAUUUCGCCGAUUUAUCAUGGCCGACGUGGUGUCCGAGUAUGAGGCGGCGGUGAAGGCCAAGGAGGCAAUCGAGGCCGAGAUUGAGGCUGUGGUAGCGGAGUUAACCUCGGGUAACAACCCAGGGUUAGAUGGGCCUCUGGUAGAUGCCGAGGGUUUCCCUAGAGCGGACAUUGACGUGUAUCGCGUGCGUCAGCUUCGCCACACGCUGGCGCUCAAGCAAACGGACCAUCAGACGACCAUGAAGAAGAUCGAGGAGCUGCUACCGAGGGUUUUUGAUGCACGAAGCUCCGGAAAGCAGCAAGAAGUUAAGAACUCGACUACAACUACAGACCCGCAGGUGAAUGAUGCGACGGAGCGCAUGCGGAAGCUCGAGAGCGAGUGGAAGCAGAAAAUGAGCGAGGUGAAGCCCGAGGAGAGAGACCUGCUGCCUUUUGCAGUGGUCGAGAGCGUACAGAGAGAGUCACCAGCUGAACUAGCGGGGCUACAAGCACAAGACCACGUCCUGCGCUUCGGCACGGCCGACGCCAGCAACCACAGAGAGCUGGCAGCUGUGAGAGACAUCGUACAGCGCAAUAUUGGCAGCGGUAUCCGCGUAGUUGUGCGUCGACAGACCGAGAUAUUGGCACUGGAGUUGACGCCGCAGACCUGGCGAGGCCCAGGCGUGCUCGGAUGUCUGCUUCAGCCCAUGUUAAACCUGUGAUGACAAUAUUGACCAACCAGGAUUCAAUAAAGCGCGUCAAAGUUUCCGAGUAUACAGGCGUAAAUUACAAUCUCAUGGUUAGACUAAUAGCCAAUCGAAUGCACUAGCACCAGCAUAAUACCCAGAGCCCGUUGUAACACGUGAGGAAGCACUUCCCAGCCCAUGAGCUGCUCCAAACGUCCACAAUACGAGCAUUGUAAGCCAUUUGAGAACAAGUCCCCAGUCCGUGCGCCUAAAGACGGCGACCACGGCGACCACCCUUUCGGCGGGUGCUGUCCGUCGGGAUGGGGGUCACGUCCUCAAUACGUCCGAUCUUCAGGCCAUUGCGAGCAAGCGCACGAAGGGCCGACUGCGCGCCGGGGCCCGGAGUCUUGGUCCGGUUGCCGCCCGUAGCGCGAAUCUUGAUGUGCAGAGCGGUGACGCCAACUUCCUUGCACUUGGCGGCCACGUCCUGGGCGGCAAGCAUGGCGGCGUAGGGCGAGGCCUCGUCACGAUCGGCCUUGACCUUCAUUCCGCCAGUCACACGCACGAUCGUCUCGCGGCCAGACAGGUCGGUCACGUGCACGAACGUGUCGUUGAACGAGGCGAAGAUGUGGGCAACGCCGAACACCUGCUCGCCCUCCUUGAGCGACGGGCCGACACGCACCACCUCCUCUACUUCCUUCGUCGCGGUUUUCUUCGACUGCGCAUUGAGACGAAGCAGUUAGUUUAGUCUGGAUUGGGGCUCUCUGGACACUAGAGCACAACUACGCACCAUGAUGGAUUCGGACUUGAAACUGGGAAUGACUCGGGCUACUCGAGGGGCGGCUCAAUAGUCUGCUGGCUGCCAGUCAAACGGAGCGGCAGGUGAUUGGAGGAAAAAAUAGCAUUUUUUGAUUAGCCAAUAAUGGUGGAGCCAAAUGGCUACAUGUAGCUACUGGCCGAGCUGCUUAAGAAAGUGCUUUGUAUUAAAACUCA